AUGACUUCUGAUUGGGUUGCCAACAGAUUACUUUUGGUCGGCAAUCGAGCAUUAAUGCAAAUACAGUUAGAUCAACUACAACAAGAUUCAGCUACCACAAUUAGUCCUAAACGGCUUUUUCAGCUUUCUAUGGGGGCGCAGGAUGCGAAACAAUUAAUUUUUGAUCCUUUUACAAACACAGCUAUUUUGCUGACAAAAAACGGCUCCCUACUCGCAUUGAAUUUGAAUAAUGGGACUGAAACUAAUUUGGAACUGACAACCGGGUGUCUGAAACAAAAGACAAUAACUUCUAUUGUUGGAGAGUUUAUUUGGAAUAGGGCUGCUUCUCCCCAAUUAUAUGCUCUUACUUGGAACGGAUUAAUGGAGCUAAAACUUGGAUCAGAUAAUUGUCCUGAAGUUAAUGUUAAUUGGGAAAUGUUUGGGGAACGUGGUUUAAAGGCAAUUUCCUUAUUUGCUGUAGCGGACAAAGUUUUUGUGUUUGCAACACCUACAGACCUGCUUGUUUAUGACCGCCUAUCUGCUUCAGUUUCACAAUUCCCUAUUCCAAAUCCUCCACUUAAACAGUUAUUGACAGUCUCCCAAUCAUCGCAACCCUUUCCCGACAGAAAUUGUUUUCAACUACCUUCCGUUUCUUCUGUUGAUGUUGUUGUAAAAAAUGAUGGAAGGACUGGGGCAGUUGUAGAACUGCCAGAACCCAAGAGAGAUGAAAAAGACGAGAAUUUUAAACUACCGAUUGAAUGUCAAAAUAUUUCACAACCUCAAACUCAAUACGAAUUACAUUUCCGGAAGAGGGGUACUGAAAAAGAGAAGAUAAUUCGAACAACUAACAACAAAACUUUUAUUGAACAAGGCGUUUUGGACAAAAAUACGGAUUAUGAUGUUUCUUUGGGUUGGUCAAACCGUUUUUGGCCAGUUCAAGGACAAUCUGAACCGAAAUUGUUGCUACACACUGGCUUUGGCUUUCCUUCUGCUCCGAGAGAACCAACGGCCUUUUCUCUCAGUCCGGAUACUGUACUUUUGAGUUGGCUGCCUCCUGAAUUAUUGAAUGCGCCUGCUUCCGAAAUUCGUUAUAGGAUAAGCCAACAAAGUUCUUCCCUUGUUUCUCCCGUUCCCGUAGCCGUUCGCCCUCAGGAAGGUGCACGUGGUCACUUUUCUACUCCAACGGCAGAUGUUGUCUCAUGCGAUGAAAAUGAUAUAUGUCAGGCAAAAGUGCCAAACUUGCGUCCUUCUACAGACUAUCAUUUUUGGAUAUUAGCACUUCAUGUCAAUCGCAUUUCGUUAAAUGUUGUGGAGGAUCCAGAGGCUACCUCUGUUGAAACACAAGCACAUACUCGAGAGAUUCCAGGAAUUCUACGAUUGGAAAAUGCAACGAGUACUUCGUUAAAUCUUCGAUGGAAUACACUGCCUGGUGCAGAAAAUGGAUUUCCUUAUGUUCAACGUAUUCAAGUUUCUAUUCAAUAUAGACAGAGUGCAGUAGAUGCGUCAUGGACUCUCCUUCACAAUUCUACCUUUACACUUGAACAGAAUACAACCCUAAUAUCUACAGGGUCACAACAUUCAUUUUGCAUAGAAGACCUUAGACCAGCCACAACAUAUGAUUAUCGUUAUUUGGCCGAAUAUCACAAUAAUAUUGUUCCAAAUGAAGAAGCUUCAAACAAGAAAGAGAAGGUAUUGAUAACAGAAUCUUUUUUCCAACAAGUUCAGCAGGCUAGGACUAAAGCCGGAACACCUUCCGCGCCUACGAACGUUCAACUAAUUAAUGAUCCUAAAGGAACCUGGACUUUGCGAUGGUCAGCUCCCGAUUCUGAUGGAGGCGAGACUAUUCAAAAUUAUGCUGUGGAGUUUCGGCCUAACAGCCAGUCUGAGUGGGAGAUUGCUGAUCGAGGUCUUCCUUCCGAUAAACUAUUUUGGCGUGUUACCUGGUCAGAAUCCCAUGCGCGCCAUGGAAGUGAGGACUCAGAUCUUACAAAUGGACAGUUCCGUGUUCGGGCCGCAAAUUCUGAAGGGUUUGGAGAUUUUGGAUAUACAAAGGUGAAUGGGGCAGACAAUGUUAGUGGUUUGGAGAGGAAUGGAAAAGGCACGGUAUGGAAUGUUUUGUUGAUUUUGCUACUUGUUUCGCUGAUAUUGUGCGCUGGAGCUUAUUAUACAUUAAGACUAAAAAUGUCUAAAAGGCGCAAGGUUCGAGAGAAGCUUCACAAACCAAUUUGCAUGGAAAGCAUUGGAGAGCAAAUUCAACAAUUUCAUCAAACACAAAUGCAAUUUUCUCCAGAAGUUCAAAAUGAACUUAAAAUUUUGCCAAAAAUAACCCCAGAAAGGGUUAAAAUAACUAAACAGCUUGGAAUUGGGAGUUUUGGACGAGUUUGUGAGGGCUUUAUGCGCAUAGACAGGGAUGUCAGUGUUCGAGUAGCUGUCAAAUACCUGAAAGAUAAUAGUGCCGAAAAUAAAAUUAAAUUUCUCAAAGAAGCCAUACUUAUGAACAAUUUUGAUCACCCUAAUAUUGUAAAAUUGCUUGGAGUCAAUAUGGAGCAGGGAGAACACUUCUUAGUCCUUGAAUUGAUGGAUGGGGGUGAUUUGCUUGGCUUCCUUCGAGAAUGCCGCCCCAAGAAAGGCCGUUCUUCACGUCUCUGUUUGCGCGAUCUGAUAGCAAUAGCCGUAGAUGUUGGUCGUGGUUGUGUACAUUUGGAGACUUAUAAGCACGUACAUCGUGACCUUGCUGCCAGGAAUUGCCUAAUUUCUUCCAAAACAUCCCCUCAAAGGGUUACUAAAAUUGCUGAUUUUGGAUUGGCUAGAUCCCUCUUUGUCGAUGAUUAUUAUAGAGAUAUGUUACCUUUACGCUGGCUUUCUCCAGAAGUCAUUACUCAAGGAUUAUUCACUUCAAAAAGCGAUGUUUGGGCUUUUGGUGUUCUACUUUGGGAGAUUAUUACUUUGGGAGAGCAGCCUUAUUCUAACAGACAAAAUACAGAAGUCUUAAAUUUGCUAAGCAAUGGGAUCUGCUUAGAGAGGCCUUUAGAAUGUCCAGAAGAGCUUUAUCAAGUGAUGAGAUCGUGUUGGACAAUUCCAGCUGAACAAAGACCAAAAUUUUUGGAUAUUCAGCCUAGAAUGGAGUCUAUUCGAGGGCUUACUCAUUUUCAAUCCAGAGACCCUUUUCCAUCUGGAAUUUUGAAUGGAUUCGAAAAUUCAUUAGAUUCCAGCACAUCCACACAUGAAUCUAGUACAACAACUAAUGGAGGGGAUUCAUCUGCUGCUUUGCGUUUUGAAAAGAGUGAAAAUUCCUCCUCAAGAAAGCAUUCCCGUUUUGGACCCAAGCCGGUGCCUCGACGCCAAUUAGGACAACAGGGCACUAAUGGCACAAUAUCUACAACCACCACAAAUGUUGCUUUGAAUGAUUCGGCAGAGUAUGAGUUGCCAAUACGUCCAAGUACUAGCAGUUUUCAAUCCUCCUCCAAUCAUAAUAAUCAUCAAAAUAAUCAAGGCAGCCCCUUCUUUGCUUCGCAAUUUCGAAAGGGGAAUAAUUCCACAGCGCGGCAACAACAACAAGCUGUAGCUUUUCAAAAUAAUGCUUAUUUAGUUGAUGAGGGUUCAUCAACUGAGGGAAUACAGAAACAAACUUGGGAUACCCAAAACUUUAGACAAUUAAAUAAUAACGGUAAUGGUCAUGACUUUAUUACUGCUAGGAAUCCUCCAAAUACAAAUGAAGAACAACAAAGGUUCGGGGGGUCUGUAAGCAGAGUUUAG